AUGACAUCAAACUUUGGUUUGAAGAUGCACGACCGUCCCGACUAUGCCUCCGAAGAAACAGAGUCUUUUCUUCCCUCUGCGACCCCAAGAAAACCGCGUAGAUGUUCUUCUGCGGUGGUCGGCAACAUACUGCUCUGUGUAGCCCUCGUACUGACAGUUGCUGUGACAAUAAAACAACACUUCCAGCUAAAGAGGCUUGGGGGCAGUGGCUCAUACUCGUCUGGCUUUGAAACCGACUUUCUGCUCUCGAGAGCCGUGGUCGAAUUGGAAGAAGUUGCCUUCACUGGUGGUCUCCUGUACCAUGACAACGGCACAUUGUAUCGCGAGAUUGAUGAGACCAAACCUCAAUAUGUUGGACAACCAGGUCCUCAUAUUGACAAAGCCUGGGAGGAUCUCAUGUCUGCUCUGGAAGUAGUCAUUGAAGGCAAGGAAGCCGAAGAGUCUGAGAUUCAAGGGAAAACUAUCCAAGAGCCGGAUGGAAACUCGUAUCGGCUGAGUUUGGAUGUCUAUCACUCACUACACUGUGUGAACAUGGCCCGCCGAGCGAUUGACGACGACUACUAUCACAGAAACGGAGAAGGAGAGAAAGUAAAUCGACUCCACGUUGAGCACUGCCUGGACUACCUACGACAGACUAUUCAAUGUAGCGGCGAUCUGACGCCGUUAUACUACCAAUACUCUGAGUUUAGAGGACGGGGAUUUCCUGUCUGGGGCCAGAAGCACACCUGCCGCAAUUUUGGCAGAAUUCAUCAAUGGGCGCUAUCCAGACACCGUGAUCAAGAAGAAGGCGGUCCUCAUCAUGAUCACUAA